UUAUGGGUAUAAUGUAAAAGCCUAGCAUUUUGUUUUUGAGUAAUAUAUUUAACAAUAAUAAAACAUUUCUCCAAGUAUUAGCAAUACGAAACAGUCUGCGUCAUUCGCGGUGUCACAACAUAUUUUGACCUCACUCUUAUUCUAACGCGUGGUGCAUCACAUUAGACAAGUAGUAAAAUCCUGCGCCCCGGAAGCUCUUACUGCGCAUGACAGAAACGCACAAGUAAAGCAGAGCAUCUGAAGUAGGUUAGGCCUGGUGGUUUUUAUUAUUAUUUCCAACUAUGCAUUUCAGCAGUAACACAUGCGGUCCUCAGAGAGCUAAAUCACAUCAUUAAAAGAGGUUAAAUGAGUGUAAAAGGUAAAUCCGUGCAGUUUUGGAGCACUUAGUUCCGAUAAGGCGCUUCCGGUCGCGCGCUACGGCGAGGCCUGUUGACCCACAUUCGGGGAUGUAAGAGAGCUGUGAUCCUUAUCUUCUGAGUUUCUGGUUCCCAAGAGAGCAGCCAGGUGUCACCAAGUGUGUGUUCAACAGUUGACCUUUCACCCUGAAUCUCAGUUGAGGUUAAAAGUACACACUAGGACCUUCUAAAGGAGCGAGAAGGCUCGCCUUCAUUUCUCUUUCAGAUGUCUUCCCGAUGCCUGGAGUGUGUCGUCCACAGACUGACUCAUGAAGCAUCACAAUGAGCUCCACAGACAGGGAUGAUGGCAGCAUUUUUGAUGAGUUGAUGGAAGAGGAUGAGAGGGAUAAGGCCAAACGCGUUUCCCGGAAUAAAUCGGAGAAGAGGAGGCGAGACCAGUUCAAUGUCCUCAUCAAAGAACUGGGCACCUUGUUGCCUGCCAACACACGCAGGAUGGACAAGUCGACUAUCUUACAGAAAAGCAUUGACUAUCUGCGCAAGCACAAAGAAAGUGCUGCACAGUUGGAGUCGUGUGAGAUCAGACAGGACUGGAAACCUCCGUUCCUCAGCAAUGAGGAGUUCACACAGCUCAUGCUGGAGGCAUUGGACGGCUUCUUCCUCGUUAUCUUGACUGAUGGAAACGUCAUCUACGUCUCUGAAAGUGUCACGUCAUUACUCGGCCACCUUCCGUCAGAUUUGGUGGAUCAGAACUUGCUAAACUUCCUUCCAGUUGGAGAGCACGCUGACGUAUACAAAGCUCUCUCUUCACACCCAGAAGGCGAGAACCUCAGCCCAGAAUACCUCAAGACGAAGGGCCAGCUGGAGUUUUGCUGUCACAUGCUCCGAGGCUCUGUGGACCCCAAAGAACCGCCUGUGUAUGAAUACGUCAAAUUCAUCGGCAACUUCAAGUCACUCAGCAACAUGCCACGUAUAAGCCGAAACGGCCUAGAAGGGGUACUCCAGCGGUCGUUGCGCCCAGCCUUUGACGACCACGUGUGUUUUAUAGCAACAGUCUGUCUAGCCAAGCCUCAGUUCAUCAAGGAGAUGUGUACAGUGGAGGAGCCCAAUGAAGAGUUUAGCUCUAGACACAGUCUAGAGUGGAAAUUUCUUCUGUUAGAUCACAGAGCUCCUCCCAUCAUUGGCUAUCUUCCGUUUGAAGUUUUAGGGACGUCAGGCUAUGACUACUAUCAUGUAGACGACCUGGAGUCACUGGCUAAAUGCCAUGAGCAUUUGAUGCAGUUUGGAAAGGGCAAGUCAUGUUACUAUCGAUUCCUGACCAAAGGCCAACAGUGGAUCUGGCUCCAGACUCACUACUACAUCACCUACCACCAGUGGAACUCGCGGCCCGAGUUUAUCGUGUGCACACACACCGUAGUCAGAUAUGCUGAAGUACGGGCAGAGCAGAGGAGAGAGAUGGGCAUUGAAGAGUCACCUCCUGAGAGAACAGUAGACAAGCAGUCUCAAGACUCUGGUUCUGAAUCACAGUUAAACACCUCCAGCCUAAAGGAGGUGCUAGAGCGCUUCGAUCACAGCCGCACACCAUCCACCUCCUCGCACAGCUCCCGCAAGUCCUCGCACACAGCCAUGUCUGACAGCACGUGCACCUCCACUCCAAGUAAGCUGCAGAUGGACGUGAGCACUCCUCCUCAGCCUGGCGCUGUUGACAUGACGUUACAGCGCCGCUCCUCUGCUAGCAGCCAGAAUAUUCACACAAGUUCUCCUGCUCAGGUUAACCAGCAGCAGCAACAACCUCAACAUAUCACACAGCAAUACUCUGCACAGCUGAACGCCAUGCAGCAUCUGAAGGAGCAGUUGGAACAGAGGACGCAGAUGAUCGAGGCCAAUAUUAAAAAGCAGCAGGAAGAGCUGAGGCAAAUUCACGAGCAGCUUCAGAAGGUGCAGGGCCAGGGCCUUCAGAUGUACUUGCAGCAGUCAUCAAGUGCGGUCAAUGUGCAACUCCCUCAGGUGAGUGGAGCUUCAGGCUCGCAAGUUGGAGUACAGAGUGUCACAAGCACCGCCCACAGCAGAUCACAUCACGCCCUUCAACAGCAGCAAGCUCCGCCUUCUCAUCAGCAGAACUCGCAAGGUUCCAUCCUCACACAGCAGGGUUCAGUGUACAACACAAUGAUGGUCAGUCAGCCGGGCACCGGCAGUGUCAUGCAGAUCCCCAGCACCCCGUCACAUAACAUCAGCCAAGUAACUACAAUCAACAGGUUUCCAGGGCAGCAGUUGGUCACGAAGUUAGUCACUGCCCCCAUGGCCUGCAGUACCGUAAUGGUCCCCACAACAAUGUUUAUGGGCCAGGUAGUGACCGCUUACAGUCCGUUUGCACAGCAGCAGAGCCAAGCGCAGGCAAUAUCAGCGCCAUCUGAUUCGCAGCAGCAGCAGCAGGGACAGCCGCAGGGGUUGACACAGCCUCAGCAACAGCAACCGUUUUUACAGGGACCCCGCAUUUUGCAGAGCAACCAGUCCGCACAGCUGAUUCUGCAGGCUUUCCCCAUUCAGCAGCAGGGUGCGUUCACCACAACACAGCAACAGCAACAACAACAACAACAGCGUCAACCACAGCAAAAACCACAACAGCCGUUAAAGCCUCAGACUUUAAAGCAGCCAAAAACCUCGUCCUCUCACCAGACGGACAACUCGAGCACCCAGUCACAGUGACACAGUGACACAGGAGGACACGGUUUCGUUUGUAAGCAGUGUUAAUUUGGAGUUUGCUGGAAAUAAAUAAACAGUCUCUUCAUUGGAACGCAGUUCUACAGCAAUAGGAUUGAACUCCACCAGCUGGCCACCAGUGCAGCGAUACAGAAAAUUUCACAGCAAUAACAGCAUGGACAUCGGUGCCAUUAAAACAGCUUUCUCUUCACGUCUUUUCUAAUUUAUUUAAGGAGUACAAUUUAAUCUUGGAUGUCUUUUGCUUUAUUAACUGUACAGAUGUGUGUAUGUGUGAAUAUCCAACCAUAAAGGAACAAAGUGACUAUUUUAUACUCUGCAUGAAAAGUAUAUGCUCUUAGUUCUUGUCGUUCUUGUUUAUACGCUUGUUCAUUUUUUUCUUAUGUUUAAAGCAGGAAAAAAUUGUUGUUGUUGUUGUUGUUGUUGUUGUUUUAAUGUAACUUUUUCUAUUCAGCCCAGAAAGUGGAAAUAGCUUGCAAAUUUAUAUUUUACUCCUCAUUGAAAGUAUUCUUUUAACAUAUUUUAUACAUAACAGCAGUGUUACCUCUACUUCAUGGACUAAUGUAGUGCUCAAUCUUUUAAGUGCCAACAAUUAGUUCUUUUACCAAAAAAAAAAAAAUACAAUAACAUAUAUAAUAGUGAUUUGUUGUCGUUAUAUAUAUAUUUUUUGUUUCCCAUUGUAUUUUAUAGCACUUAAUGUGUUUCUACACACUAAAUGGCCCUUAUUUUAAUAACUGUAGUUGUAUUCAUUUUUAUGUGUGAUAAUUAAGAUGUGGAAAGAGUGAGUCCUGCCUCUAUAAACGUGCUGGAAUUUAUAUUUCUCAUCUAUGUAAAUGCCAGAAAAAAAACACCUGAGAAUGAUUUGUACGCUGUAAAACUAGAAUUGCUCCAAUAUUCCACAACAUGUCGGUUGUAGGAAUUAUGCAACAGGCCACGUUAGGCCAACUCAAAGUGUGUUUUUGUAAGAAAGCGUACAGUAAAAGGGUAAAACUGUCAGUUCCAUUCGGUUUUCUACUCAUCUAAAGUGUCAUCGGCUUUUGAAAAUGAAAAAUGCAACUGUAAAUGCUGUUUUCGUGAUUGUGUGUAAAGGUGUCAGGUUCGGAUAUGUUGCGUUCGGUUUUCGUUUCGAAACGAAAAUGGGAAAACAUGUUAGCAGAAUUUUAUUUUUUUUAUUUAUUUUUGUGUUUUUUUUCCAUACACACUAAAAUAGAAAAGUCUAGAAAUCAAAUAUUCCUGAAUCCUACUAUGAAUACAAGUACGUUGUUCUACAGGCUGUUCAUUAGUUUUGAUAUGUGAGUACUUUAUUCUGUUUUCAUAAAAGAUAUGAUAUCAAAAGGGAUCAACAUAUGCAGAAAUAAAUUGAGUGUUUAAAUUAUUCUUAAAUUUCAGCACCUGGACAAUCCUGCUGAUUUUUAAAAAAAAAAUAAUUUUCCCGGCUACCAUGUCGUCCUCUUUUACUGUCACCCUCCUACAACGGCUAUUUUUAAUCAUUUACCCACUAAUUGCUAAUAUAUAAUACGGUUAUUCAAGAUCGUUCAUUAAUUUUAGUCCCAAAAUAAAUCUGAAAUGAUGAAAACCCAAUAACCAAAAAUACCCAAAAACAUCUCGUUUGCAUAUAAUUGUUUUUUUGUUUUUUUUAAUCAUUUCGAAACAAAUGAACGCAACAUACACGGACCAUGUUGACAUUUAAUUCUUGAGUCCUGGGUGUGAAUGGUCUUUCUGGUUGUUUGUGUGUGUGUGUGUGUUUGGGUGUGUGUGUGUGUGUGUGUGUGUGUGUGUGUGUGUGUGUGUGGCUAGAAGAUAAAAGUUUGUACCUCUUCCCUUAUUGCUGUACGGGUUGUAUUCAUCAACCCAGGCGAUAACCAAUCAGUUCUUGCCUUGCAGUAACUUCAUAUUCUAUAGUAGUUCUAUACCUCAGAAAUCCAUGUUAUUGAAACCAUUUUUUUUUUUCUAUAAGAAAAUCCAAAGCAACUUUAUUUUCGUAUGCUAUGGACCCUAGUGGAAAGCUGUGUAUAGACCGUCAACACUGUCGUGUGAAAAUGUAUGCAUUGUAAUGUUCGUGGAAAAUAGGAGGUUAUGGCUAAAAACUUCCAAAUAGGAACGUAUUACUUACAAUCAUUAUAGUAUAUUAUAUUCUACCUGAACCCUAUGUACCUUUUUGUAUGAAUUGUAUCUUUAUUUUGGUCAUUUCCACGAUUUUUUUUUUUAUUUCAUUCAACCACCAAAGAGAAUUUGUAGAAUCUGACACCUCACAUCAUGUACACUCAGCAGCCACUUUAAUAGGAACACCUGUACACCUGCUCAUUGAGUUAUUGCAAUUACCCAAUUAGCCAAUCAUGUAGCAGCGGCAUAGUGCAUAAAAAUCAUACAGAUACAGGUCAAGAGCCAAGAGUCAGUUCACAUCAGACAUAUCAGAAUGGGGAAAAAUGUCAUCUUGGUCAUCUCAGUGGCUUUGACCAUGGCGUAGUGGUUGUUGCUGGCUGCUGGUGCCAGAAUGGUGUGAAAAAAGGCUGAUUUUCGCUCAGAACAGUUUCUAGAGUUUACACAGAAUGGUGCGAAAAACAAAAAACAUCCAGUGAGCAGCAGCUCUGCAGGCGGAAAUGCUUUGCUGAUGGCCAGAGUGGCUCAAGCUGAGCAGGAAGGCUAUGAGAACAUCUUUACAUCAGCAUCCUUUACAACCGUGGUGAGCAGAAAAGCAUCUCAGAACGCACAUCCCUGAGGCACCUGCCUCUCACUGGAUGUUGUACGCUUUGGUAACAAAGUGGCUGCUGAGUACAAAAGCCUGUACAGGUUUUUGAAACAACAGAUGUCUAAGACUUGAACUCUUUCGUUAUCAUGUUAGAGGAUCAAACAAUAGUUUGAUCACAAUGCAAAUUUCUUUGUACGGUGGAUUAACGUGACUGCGUUUUUGCAACUGUCAUUAAGCUAGAUAGCUGUGAGGCAGCUAAUAUUUGUUGUUUUCACACAAUGAUCUAAAAUAAAGGAGGAAAACAGCAUUCGACGACUCAUUAGCAUUGUUUGUUGUAAGUGAAGUCUUUCCGUUUAUGAUCUGGAAACCGAAGUGUAACACUGUGAUUGGGUUCAUUAUUUUCCUGUGAAUUUCACCUCGUCUUAGCCGUAUUCCAUACUGUAUGACUUAUCAUCAUCCAGUGCAUUGCUGCUAAUGUGUGUUUGGUGGCCUGGGAAAACCCUUCACAUGGUACAAUUUCAACAUUUUCUACUAUGGAAAGUUUUGAAGAACUGAAAUAAGUUUUACACUUCAUGCACUUUAUACCACAGCACUGUUGAAUGCUGGAUGCUGAUUCAAUUCAAUUCAAUUCAAUUCAAUUUUAUUUGUAUAGUGCUUUUAACAAUGGACAUUGUCACAAAGCAGCUUUACAGAAAUAAAUGGAUUCAAAAAUUA